CUGCAACUCAAAGAUGUGCAAGAAACAUCUUGGACAACUCUGAACAAUUGAGGUAAAAUGGGAGCUACGGAGCUGGAAGAUGUCAGAGAGAUGCCUGGGUUUACAACCAUUGUAAAGACAGUGUUUAAAUGCUUAAUACAGCAGUUGGUUGAGUUCCUUGCUGAGUACACUGGGGACGAAGCCCUUGUGCUGACGGCAUGUGUCGCUGAUAAUACAGUUUCCCAUCUAGCAUCAAGCUUUGGGGACAGGUUUCUGGAUGGACAGACAGACUUAAAAGCUCAAUUCCUAAGACAUUGUAUCAGGAAAAAAUAUAAAAGCAAGGAGGACUCGAUGGUGCAGGGUUACCGUGAAAACAGCAAGGAGAACUCGAUGGUGCAGGGUUACCGUGAAAACAGCCAACUGGGUUACCGUGAAAACAGCCAACUGGGUUACCGUAAAAACAGCCAACUGUUUAGAAAUGAUGGUAAAGGUCGUAACAAUGGAAAUAUUGUACAGCAUUGUCCUAAUGAGGUCGAGCAGCAUAAAGAAGUUGAGGGGAUGUCUGGUAGUAGCAAAAACAGAAAAACCAGGAGAAGGCUAUUUAGGAACAGACAUCUGGGGAACAGACCAUUGGCUACCAGCAGUCCAGUAAGGAAAUUGGCUAAACUUGCAGUCAAUAAAAGCACCGAGUUUGAAGAUGGGGAAAAUACGUCAUUUGAAGUUGACAGUGAAUUGGAAUCUAUUAAGGGUGUCGAUGUAAAUGUACCACCACUGGGAGAGGAGUCAGGUCGUGGGAAAGAAAAUGAAGGUUUGAUACAAGUAGAAGAUGAACUUCCCUCGCUCAGAAUUGUUGAUGUAAUGACCUUGAAGAGAGCCGGUAUAUCUGAUGAUACAGCGAGCUCAUUGGAGGUGGAAGUUGGAGAAGUGCCGAAAACUGCAAGAAAGUCCGAGAAGGAAGGGCCGCAGGAGUUGGAUAGUUCUAGUAUAACUUUUUAUGUGGUGGAAAGCAAUAACGCUACUUGUCCGGAAGAUUGCAAGAAAAUCAUUGGUAUUGAUUCGGAGAAUGCUCAAAAACACAGCAAAACUGUGUGGAAUACACCAGACGUCAGAGAAACAACCCCUGUCCAGCAACCUUGCCCCAAGAGGCAGUAUUGUGCUUACAAGGAAUCCAACCCUGUCCCUGGAGAGUUGCUCCAAUCCAAGGGCUGUCUCAUGCACUCUUGUCAUAUUUGUGGGAAAAUGUUCAUGGCCAGAACAUAUUUAGAGGCACAUAUAGAAGAUAUCCAUACAGAUGAAAACAGGAACCACACGUGUCAGCAAUGCGCGAAGGUUUUCCAAACCAAAAUGGCUCUCUGUGUUCACACAAUAAACGAACACCCAGUAAAGCAUACAUGUGAUUUUUGUGGACUAGUUUGUGACACUAAAUCAACAUUGUCUGACCACAUGAUGAACGAACAUGUCAGUAAGGCGUACACAUGUCCGAAGCCUGGAUGUGGUAAAACUUUCGGCUACGUCUCCAGCCUUAAAAGACAUGAAGUCCUUUGCCAUUCCAAAGCGUCCACGCCGAAGCUGAGCUUCACUUGUCAAAAAUGCCACAAGGUGCUUGGGUCACGGGAGAGUCUGGCUGACCAUAUACAGGGUGUUCAUAAAGAGGGCAAACUUUAUGUUUGUGGAUGUGGGAAGACCUCAGGAUGGCGAUCAACGCAUGUUCGUCAUCGGAAGGCAUGUAAAUUUGGAAAUAUAAGACUCCAACAGAAUCAUACAAAACAGUUAAUAGAAGAUAAGACAAGAUUAUAGUACUAGUGUUUCAUGUAUGACAGCUGGCAUUUCAAAUAAGUAUAUCCAUGUAAUGUUAAGGGAUUUUCAGCUCAUUUGUUUUCCAUCUAUUUUUCCAAGCAAAGAAGUUGGGUUAUUGUGAUAGAUUUAACAGUCAGGUUAUUGUAAUAGACCUGACAGUUGGGUUGUUUUGAUAGACUUGACAGUUGGGUUGUUUUGAUAGAGCUGACAGUUGGGUUGUUUUGAUAGAGCUGACAGUUGGGUUGUUUUGAUAGAGCUGACAGUUGGGUUGUUUUGAUAGAGCUGACAGUCAGAUUAUUGCGAUAGACCUCACAGUUGGGUUGUUUUGAUAGACUUGACAGUUGGGUUGUUUUGAUAGACCUCACAGUUGGGUUGUUUUGAUAGAGCUGACAGUCAGAUUAUUGCGAUAGACCUCACAGUUGGGUUAUUGUGAUAGACUUGACAGUUGGGUUGUUUUGAUAGACUGACAGUUGGGUUAUUGUGAUAGACUUGGCUGUUGGGUUAUUGUGAUAGACUUAACUGUCUUGUCAAACUUAAGAACUAUUUUUUUGAAACACUUGACAGGUAACAAGGUUGUCACUGUUAUAGUCUGUAACAUUGUAUAUAUAUAUUAUUAACAAUUUCAUACCAAUGUAUUUAAAAAUUAAGGUUUCCCCUUCGUUGUCUUAACGAAUAUUCAUAAUCUUAGCAUUGUUAUACCGCUUGUUACAAGUAUUGACAAGAGUGUAUAACGCUGCUGUCAGAUACUUCUGAAGCCAUGAUUACGAAGUCACAAGUUAUAACUUUAGUGGCAAAAAUUCAUACCUUCAUUUCAUUGGAAAUUUCUCUCAAGGUGAGCAUUGAUGAUGAGAUUUGCUGCAUUUUAUUUAUAUUCGAAAUUGUAAAAUUAUGCACAAUUUUUUUUUGUUAAACCAAAAGAAUAAAGAUGAUUCUUUGUAAUUUUGAAAAUGUGUCUUGGAUUCUUGAGCCUAGACUCAGACUUGAUAUUGUUGUAAUCAUAUAGCAGAAGACGGACAUAACUUUAUAUCAAAAUAGGAAAUAGUGUAAAAGAAGGGGGAAAGUCUGUCAAGGACAGAAACAUUUGUGGGACAUUGUACAUGUUAAUUAUGUACACAAUUAGUUAAGUUUUUAUACGUUGUCAUAUAUUUGGAAUUGUUUGUUAUAUAAGUUUUUCACAUGUUUAUUUACACUGGUAUUGUAUAUUUGGAAUUGUUUGUUAUAUAAGUUUUUCACAUGUUUAUUUACACUGGUAUUGUUAAAAACAUCACCAUACAAUCUUGCAAAGACAAGAAUAUAUACACUUGUUACAUUUUAGCUGUUGUUCUUUUUUGUCCAAGAAAUGUUAUAAUGCACUGUACAGUUAGUUGUUUUUGUUUUUUAUAUAUGAACGGCGUCAAGCUGAAAUUGAAGUAUAUUGACCUGAGGCGCCAUAUGAAUGAUAUGACUGUUAUUGUUAAAAAAAAUCUACAUACAAUCUUGCAAAGACAAGAAUGUAUACACUUGUUACACUUAAGCUGUUGUUGUUUUUUUGUCCAAAAAAAUGUUAUAUUGCACUGUUAUAAUUGUAUUCUUGAUAUAUGAACUGCUUCAAGCAGAAAUAAGUUUUUAUCAUAGUAUGACAUAAUCGGCGCAAAGUGGCGUUAUAUGAUGGCAUAUUUUAUUAUGAGUGAAAAAAGAUUUGCCUCUCCUGGUGAUGAACUGAGUGUUGUUUUUUCACCAUUUUUGGAAUGGAUGGGAAAACGCCCAAUUUUGACUUCAAUAUUGGGAAAUAAAAUUUUGCCUAGAAACAAACAAGAAUGCUUUAAAAAUAGACAAAAAAUAUAGUUUUUUUAAGAAAGCACCAAUUCUUCCAUUGGUUGGGGGAUAAGGGGGUCUUUUUUACAAAAAUGAAUUGGGAAUUUUAUUUUGGAAACUAUAAACAUUGUUGCAUUUCAUGUUAAACUUUUAUUAUAUAUAUGUUUUCCCGUGGUUUAUAGAGAUUUGUGUGAAUAAUAAUUUUUCACUGUUUUAAACAGUGAACAUGACUGUAUUCAAUGUGAUGAUUUUGAUAAAUAUUUUGGGUUGUGUGAUUUUUAUAAUCCUUCGUGUGAAUGUUGCUUUUGAGGAUACCUAAAUAAAGUUUCAGGUGAAGUUUAAUUAAAUUCACUCUGACUAGUUCUAUAGUAAAUUUUUUUUGUUGUUUUUUAAUUCUUGAAUUCCAUUUUACCUCAUGGAAAUAAUCCUCAUUUGGGGAUUUCAUUUGGACUUCCACAGGUCAAGGUCACAAAAAUACAAGUCAAAUCUCAAUCUCUGUCUCAACUUAUUAAAUCACAUUGCAUCAAAAGUUAUUAAAAUAUUGUAUUAUAUGUUUUUGCACCCCUUAAAAGCGCAUUCUCUCAUAGACUAUUUUGAUUUAAAAAAAUGGUCAAGAUUCCAAAAAAAAAAUGUUCUACAGCAUUUAAUGUGAUUUAAAAUAACUCAAUGUUUUUUUUUUUGAAAAUAUUCCCAAGUAUUUUUUUUGCUCUAGAAUAAGUUUCCAUAGAAAUAUCGCCAAAAGGUUUUUAUCAAUACAUUAUAUGAGGAAAUAAGUUUUGAAAAAUAGUAAAAAAUACAAAAAUUUGUAUUAUACCAUGCUUUUAUGUGGUAAAAUAAGUUCAGGCUGAGAAUGAGAUUUGACUUGAGUAUAUUUGCGAUAUUGCGGCCAGGUCAAGGUCAUGGUAUUGUAAUACAGAGAACAAACAACAUUGUUAUAAAUAAACUUUAUUCUAAAAUGCAUAUUUGGUAAUAUGUAAAAAAGAACUAUUAUGACUAUAUUUUAAGCACAAGCUUUGCAAUACUGUUUCGUAUAUCCUUUUGUUAAACUAAUGAUUUCAUAAUAAUUAUCUGCAAUUUCAAACCUCGAUAUUAUUUACAUUUGUUGAU